ACAGAAGAGCGUCCGCUUGCUCGGCUGCUAAACGCUGAACGUAACGGCUGUAACGCGAGCUGGAAAACGUUGUUUUAAUUGCUCCGCAGCGUUUCUAAAUCCGCUUUCAAGCGUUCACGAGUCGGUGUGAAGGCUGUUUAGCUAGUUAACGUUACUUUCCCCCCUUUUCGGUCAACGGAACUAUCAACAUUUAGCUUCAGCUGAAACGACAAAAACGCGGCUAAGUUACCGCUGGAGCUAACGGGUGUUACACAGAAAUCCGUCACCCGUCGAACUCUGUGACGCGAGAGAAACAGUAUCGGCCAGAUAUUGACAGAGGAACCUCAGAAUUUAAGGCCGUCACAGUGAGGAUGGAGCCGCAGGAGGAGGAAGCGGUGGUGUUGGACCUGAAGAGGCAGCUGGAGGAUGAAGACCUGAACCCGGAGCAGAAAGUCCUCCUGCUGAACAACGGCUUAAACAAGGCUCUGAACAUGGCGGCGCUGCACACAGACAGCCGUGUGUUGACUCGUGUGAAGUCUCAGUUGUAUCUGAGCGGCGUCCUGAGUCACUGCGUCCUCCUCCUCUCUCUGGAUCCCAGAAGGCUGCGGGGGAACUGGAGCGCCGCCGCCACGCUCGCCCAGCUCGCCAGCUCCUGUUGUGUGGGGGUGGACCCUGGCGACCGCUCAGAGGCCUUUCACAGACUCUUCCUGCCAUCAGUCACAGACGGCCUCCUGUCAUUGGCCAGUCAGCUGAUGAGGCGGGCCGAGUGUGUGUCUCUGUUCAGGAAGGUGAUGGAUUCAGUCGGCUGGCUGCUCAGAGCUCACGCUCAGCUCACCACACAGGUUCUCAGCUCAGUCCACUACGAGCAGAUCCAGAUGUGUGAUGAUGUCACUGUGUCUCUGUUCUGUGUCCAGCUGUGGCUCCAAACCUGCAUCUCCAGCAGGGACUUCCUCUCCGGGUUGAGCGACGACUCCGUCUUAUUGCUGCUUAACGACGCCAUCGGCCUAUUAGCUGUCAGCUCUGACUCUGCGGUGGGCGGGGCCUCCGUCAGACUGAUCCUCGUCAUGGCCGCUCAGCAGGAGCGCCGGGUCCAGCCCCUCCUCCUCAGCUUCAGAGGCCUGGACAGCCUGUUGGACAAAGACUGGAGGGGGCGGGGCUUUGACCAGGACGUGGAUCAGCUGAUCGCACUCAUUCACUCUGACAGAGGCAGAAGGAGCCACUCGCAGGCGUGUACUGAGCAUGUGCGGGCGGCGUGCGUGAUCCAGGCGGCCUGGAGGUCGUAUCAGACCAGACGCAGGGUGAAGAGCCUCAACAGAGCUGUGAGCAGGCUGCAGCGGAGAUACAGGGCUCGGAGGCGGCAGCAGCAGCAGCAGAGGGAGGCGCAGCGAUGGGAGGAGGAGCUGAAGUUUCAGGUGUGUGUGAGGCGUCAGCAGGCGAGGAGGGAGUUUCACCAGAAACAGAGACAACUGCUGCAGCUGCUUCCUCCUGACCAGGUGCAGUCGUACCUGCAGGAGUGCGAGCGUCGUGCGGCCGUGGUGAUCCAGAGCUUCUGGAGAGGCUUCAGAGAGAGACGCCGCUACAACAGCACACACCGACACGCACUGAGACGCACACACGCAGAGCAGCAGGCCGCCAAGACGCUGCAGAGAGCGGUGCGUCGCUUUCUGCAGAAACGGCGAGCAGCGAAGGCCCCGCCCAUCACACCUUUCUGGAUUGGUCAGAGCGGUUUGACGGACAGCAGGAGGGUGGAGCUAAAGAGACAGGUGGAGGACUACAUCUCCCUACAUCCUUCGUCCCGUGUGUCUCGUCAGGAGUGUGAGCGUCUCCAUGAGGAGGUGCAGCUGCUGCUGCUGUCGGAGCUGCAGAGAGGAGAUCAAAGGAGGAGGGAGGAGCAGAGGGUGGAGGCUCUGCUGGCUCACACACACACACAGCUGGAGCUGCUCAGAGAUGCCCCGCCCCUCUCUGCCGUUACGGCGACAGACGCCGACUCCUUCCUGAGCCCCGCGGGUCCCAUCGCCGCUCGUGCCCGCGACGCCCACAACGCAGCGCUGCAGGCGAGCAGGCUGCCCUGGUGGAGGACGCUGGGAGAGACGGCUGAUGUCGACGUGUUUAGCUCCUCCCACCUGCAGGAGCUGGAGGCGGAGCUUGGAGGACUGUUUGUAGGAGGGGUCAAACUCCCCGACGUGGACGGAACAAACCUUUAACCUGGAGACUGUUUUAAGCUGAUCGGACAACUUUGGGAACUUUUCCGCAAAUGUAGAAAUUCAAAAUAAUGUUUUCUGGAAGAACCAAGAAAACACGACCCGUGUAAGAUGUAAACAAAAUAAAGACAAACGUGACAAACCGA